AUGGCUGUCAAGGGUCUGUGUCUGCAGACUAGCUACAACCAAAGAGAGAACAGAGAGAACAGUAGCCGAGCGCGGCCAUAUGUGGACGAAUGCGUGAAUUCAUCGCCCUGUGAUUCUGCAAAUGGAAUGUGUGAGAACUCAGGCGGCUCUUACGUCUGUUCAUGUAAUUCUGGAUAUGAACUAGACGGCGAUGGCAGCGCUUGCAAUGAUAUCGACGAAUGUGCUAGCGCUCCUUGUUUGCAUGGAGGACGUUGCGCUGAUGAAGUAAACUCAUAUACUUGUACUUGUGCUGAUGGCUAUACUGGGACUAGGUGUGAAACAGAUAUCGACGAGUGUGCUCUUGAGCCUUGUAUGCAUGGAGGAACUUGUACUGACGGAGUGAACAGCUAUACUUGUGCCUGUGUACUGGGCUAUACUGGAAGUAGUUGCGAAACAGAUAUUGAUGAAUGUGCUAGCAAUCCAUGUAUGAAUGGAGGAAGUUGCGCUGAUGAAGUCAACUACUUCACUUGUGCUUGUGUUAAUGGCUCUAUUGGGACUUUGUGUGGAACAACUGAGUGUGGCGAUGGAACUGUUUGUCAUAAUGGCGGAUCAUGCACAAACCCCGGACCGUGUGAUUGUGUAACCGGUUUUAACGGUACUAUGUGCGAGACUGAUAUUGAUUACUGUUCUACUACUCCCUGUAUGAAUGGUGGAAUUUGUAUUGAUGAAGUGAACAACUUCACUUGUAACUGUGCUGCUGGAUAUAAAGGAGAUACAUGUCAAACAGUUCUGUGCGAUCUAUCGAAUUGCCAAAAUGGUGGGACAUGUACCCCUUUUGGACAGCCUUGUAAUUGCCCACCUGGUUUUACGGGAGACCUUUGCGAGAAUGCUCCUCAAGGAUUGUCAAAUGGAGCCAUCAUUGUUCUUGCUUUGGGAAUAUUCGGUUUUGUUCUCGUCUUUUUAAGCUUGGUUUGCUUCGUUUUCGUUCAAGGUUUUAGACGAAAUCAAGCAAUGAAACCAAUGCUCGCUGAGGCGCAGUAUGACUAUUCAAUUUGCCGAAACAGAGGUGUCUACGUAAACGAAUCUUUGAAGGGUUCUAGGGACUACGAGUCCAUUCAAGAACGCCGGUAUGCUGUUGGCCAAGCAUUGGAUCGACUGAGAGAAACUAAUGCUCUGAACAACAGUGUGGAUCAAUUUCUAGUCCAUUAUUGAUCACCAAGAAAUAACCUACGGAUUAAGAAGGAAUAUGACAACGGAAUUCGGAUGAAAAGAAUAU